AUGACAGAGCCUGGCUUUUAUCGCAAUGAAGAUAACUCACUGUGCUACGUAGAUGAGUAUGGUUUGGAGUAUAAUCCCACUCCCAAUGUGGAUCCUUGGAAAGCUUACAAUGCGGGCGUCAAGUACGUUCAGUGUGCCGAUGGGAUCUAUUAUUAUCACAACGUCGAAGCCAUACUGGCCGAGGCGCAGCGACAGAAAGAACAGGAAUAUGCCGCCUCCAAUAAUGCCAGCAGUGGCAAUUCGACGGCUGUUGGUGCUCAGGAGGGCACUGCUGCAAGUCCCUCUAGCAGUAGCACGGGAACGAGUCCGCUACCAUCAGGUUGGUCAGAGCACGUUGACCCAGCCUCUGGAAUGACCUAUUAUCUUAACGCACACAACAAUACAUCGCAAUGGGAAAGGCCACAAGCUCCUACCGAAUCAAAGCCGGAAGUUUCAGCACCGCCACAGCAAGGGAGCUACCGACAGGUUGAGACUGUUCCUCAAGAGGCUCAGGUGGAGACCCCUACGAGGGAAGCUUUCACCCCUCAGCUGCAAGACAGACAUGUGUCCAUGUCUCCAGAGGUUCAGGCAGCACCACAAGUCAAUGAUACCAAUGUGGUGCAAGAACAGGAGGCUGCACCGAAGGUGGCGGAUGCACAAGAAGCUGCCGAGAAGCAAGCUGCUCAAGCAAAGUUUGACAGGAUAUCUCAGUUCAUUCAAACCCAGACAGACACAGCGCCUACGGCACUUGCACCUGCUGUCAAUGCAGAAACCAAAGGAACUGAACGAAUCUCAGACGGCUCUGGCAUUUCCUGUGGAGAAAACACAGCUGCCACGGCAGCACCGCCACCAGCACCAGAACCAGAGCCUGAUGAGGAAAGCGACGACGGGAGGAAGGGCGAAGACACAGGAGACCCGCUGGAUGAUUCAAACUACUGGCCCUACGAGGAGAGUGAAAGUGAGGAGGAAGAAGAACAACCUUUGCCCCCGGGGUGGAUAAUGGAAUUGAAGUGGGGCAUGCCGCUGUACGUGAAUAAGAGCCAAGGCAUUGCAACUUACUUUCGGCCAAAACCCGAGACUGAAAACGAACAGAAAGAGGAAACUCAGUCACCUGAACAGGCAUCUGAGCAGAAAUCUGAACAGAUAUCCGAAAAGACCUCUGGAGCCGUAACUACAGGAGAAGUCAAGGGGGCUGCAACACCUGAAAAUGAUGACGAAACGAAAUCCCCUGUAGCAGAACAGCAAGUCGGAGCUUCAGCAACUUCGCCUAAGGCCGUGGAAGGACAACAGGGUGCUGAGGAUCGAAAGCCGGCAGAAGUGCCAGCCAAGAAUCAUCAAAGCACUGCACUAGAUAAGCAAUCAACAACCAAGGAAGAAACAUCUGGACCUCAAAGCGCUACCAAGCCCACAAAUGCUCCAUCCGGGCCUGAAAGUACUAAGCAACCAACAACCAAGGGAAAAACAUCUGGACCACAAAACACUGCCAAGCCCACCAAUGUUCCAUCCCCUGAAAGUCCUAGCGCACGAAAUAACGUUCCCUCUGCAGCCGAUCUUCGAGAGCAAAUUCGCCUCUUUGUCGAAGCUGGAGGGGACCUGAAAGACAUUUUGCCGGCCAACGUCGAAGUGCAGCCUCGACGUCAAGCCGACGGAGAAAAGCCUAGGAAUACCAGGAAGCCACCGCUGCCCCAAAAGCCAAGUUUUCGCAAGAAGCCAAGUUUUCGCAGGAAGAGUCAUGACUCUGACCUCAGUCGAUCUGCGCAUUCGACCCGGUCUGAAGGGAAGGUCAAGAGACAUCAUGACUCUGAGCUCAGUCGAUCUGUACAUUCGACCCGGUCUGAAGGGAAGGUCAAGAGACAUCAUGACUCUGAGCUCAGUCGAUCUGCGCAUUCGACCCGGUCUGAAGGGAAGAAACCCACUAGUCGUGCGAAGUCGCCUAUGCGUACUAGUAGGUCGGAGACUGAUGUCAAUCGAUCCGGUCAUUCGCCCAGGUCCGAGGGAGGCGAGAAACCAUCGAGCCGAUCGAACUAUAGUCAUCAUCUCAAGACUCCAAUUCCCAGGAAGCGGCCUCCCAAGGAUGGAAGCCCACCCGGAGGAAAAGAGGGCGCGGAAGGUCGAAAGAAGGGACAACGACCCGGUAGAUCUCCAGUUCGCAGGCCUUCGAAUGAUAGCGCGGCUGACGCUGCCAACAGUAAGACACCGGAAAAUGGCAAGAGGCGGAGCCAUCCAGAAGGGGAAUGCCACAAAAGACCAAGUAAAUCGCCCGUACGAAGGUCAUCCAACGAUGACACGCCGGACGAAGAACCCAAGACAAGGAGUCGGUCCGUGGAAGCGACAGGGGGGCGCAUGAGAAGGAAUCCACAUGGGUCUCGAGACUGUCUCCGAAAGCAAAGGUCUGCCCGAAAUCACAAGGAAGAAGCAGAGAAGCGACAGAGACCUUCUUCGACAACACCCGGGCCCGAUGGAGAGAAAGUUGCAGGGUUUAGAGAGGGCGUGGUCUUCUGA